AUGUCAAUUUUAUUUACUGUCUGGACUAGUAACCGGGAACAAAAGAGGUUUAUUAUUGAAAAAGAGGGCAUAAACCUUUUGGAACGCGUAAUUCUAAAAGCUUCCGAAAAAUUUUCUCUUAAUGGAUCCACGUUAGUUUUGGAGAGUAACGGUACCCCUGUAGAGCAGGAUGAAGUUCUUUUGAUAUUAAAAUCAGAAAUUUUAAUUUUACUGGCAUCUGGUGAACAGUGGAUUCCACCCGAUGCCCAAAAAUCUCUCGAAAGUACCAAUGGGGUCUGCUCCUUAACGACCACCGAAACAAUUUCAACAUUUUCAACAAAAAGUUUUAGUGAAAAGAAUAACACAUUAGUUGAUAUAACUAAUACACCAGUGGUAUUGGCUGAUGCCAAUUUUGAAUUUAUAUGGGCAAAUUUUGAAGUACCGUGGCAAAAGAUACCAUAUAAUUUAAUUGAAAUAUUAGAACUAGGACAAAAAUGGCAGGACUGUAAACCAAAUAUUUCAGAGAUCUGCCAUACAAUAGUUUAUGAGAUGAGGCUCAUUAAAACUAAAAUACCCAUUAUGGAGAAUUUAACUAAAAAUAGCUAG